AUGGCUGCCAACCUCCCCCACCGAAGACGUCCCAUCAUCAAACUAAAGAAGAUCGAAAAAUCUUUAAGAGCUCAGGGCCUGAAAGGAAACUCCUACAGAUUCCUCUUCGGAGACCUGAAAGAGAUGACACAGAUGUCUCACCGCCUAUGGUAUGUUGAAGUGGUCCCUGUGUUGACAUGUCUUAUUGGUCAUAAUUUCGGGGCAUCAGUCGUUUAUGGAGACAUGUCUCAUCAAGAUAGAUAUUGGGUUCUGAAUCAAUUCCUUCCAGUAAAGUCACUGAUAUUUGUUCCCACAGAUGUUGAUACACAAGACCUUGACAUCAAGGAUGUAAGGGUGGUGAAUAAUUAUGAUUUUUUGAAUGGUAUUGAGGUUAUGUCCACCGAAUCAGAAUAA